UAACAAAAACAAAAAGGGCAAAAAAGACGUGAAGCUUUGGGGGACACCUGCAUUAGGUCCCACUAGUUCACCCGUGACACCGUAAAAGGAAAACACGAAGUCGCCACGUUAUCACAAAAAGCAAGCCACGUCAAUACAGUCUCACUGUCACAACCACUUAAACUUACUAUUUUUUCACAAUUUAAGAUCCUAUUUUUUUUUGUUUAUAUAAACUCACCAGCUUGCUCCUUAAUUUCUUUACGAACAACAAACGUAUAAAGCGAUAAAAAACGAGAGAGAGAGAAAGAGAGAGAAAAAAAAUAUAGAUAUGGAGGACGACAAUAAUAACACCAACACCAACAACGUGAUCGCACCUUUCAUUGUGAAAACUUAUCAGAUGGUCAACGAUCCUUCGACCGAUUGGCUCAUCACUUGGGGACCUGCUCAUAACAGCUUCAUAGUCGUUGAUCCUCUCGACUUCUCUCAACGGAUCUUGCCUGCUUAUUUCAAACACAACAAUUUUAGCAGCUUCGUUCGUCAACUCAAUACCUAUGGGUUUAGGAAAGUGGAUCCGGACAGGUGGGAGUUUGCGAACGAACAUUUCUUGAGGGGACAGAAGCACUUACUAAGGAACAUAGCACGUAGGAAACACGCGCGUGGGAUGUACGGUCAAGAUUUGGAGGACGGCGAGAUCGUGAGGGAGAUCGAACGGUUGAAAGAGGAGCAAAGAGAGCUAGAAGCUGAGAUUCAGAAGAUGAACCAAAGGAUCGAAGCGACAGAGAGGAGACCGGAGCAGAUGAUGGCGUUCUUGUACAAAGUCGUGGAAGAUCCUGAUCUCCUCCCGAGGAUGAUGCUCGAGAAAGAGCGAACAAAGAAGCUAGUCUCGGACAAGAAGAAGCGUCGUGUCACGAUGUCCUCCACUGUUAAAGCAGAGGAGGAAGAAGUACUCGAAGAAGACGAAGGUAGGGUCUUUAGAGUGAUUUCAUCUUCGCCGUCUCCGUCCUCAACUGAGAAUCUUUACCGGAACCAUUCGCCGGAGAAUUCGUUGGGGUGGUGUGUUCCAAUAACGCAACAAGGACAGUUUGGUAACUACGAUACCGGGCUAGUAGCAAACUCGAUGAUCUCUACGUCCUCGUCUUCCACGUCAUCAUCGUUGACAUCGACGUUGUCUUUACCGGAGAGUGUAAACGGAGGAGGAGGAGGAGGAGGAGGAGGAGGAGGAUGUGGGAGUAUACAAGGAGAAGCAAGGUAUAAAGAAACAGCGACGUUUGGAGGAGUGGUAGAGUCAAAUCCACCAACAACACCGCCUUAUCCGUUUUCGCUGUUUCGAGGUGGCUUUUAGCUUUUAGCUUCACAUGAUAUAUGAUCUUCUUAUUAUUAUUAUGGUUCUUUUAUUUAUUUUUUUGCUCUUUUUUGUUGUUGUUCUAAUUAUUUUGGUAAACGUAUAACCAAGAAGAAAAAUAAGGACAGAAAGAUCGAUAUAUAGUUGUUAGGUUACGUGACAGGGGGAGAUAGAUAGAGUCAGUAGUCAUCGAUUAUAGAAAGUUUGACAGUAUAUAAUUUUCCAAUUAUAUUUUGUUAAAGUUGAUAUGUUGACUUUGGUUUUAAGCAUUUUUCAGGUGAUUUGUAAUUUAUUCCAUACUUUUGUAAUAAACAACAUUUUUGAUCUU